AUGGCCGCCAAUGGCCAGGAGCUGCUGCUUCCCGACGACCCAGAGGCUGCCUGCACCGCCGCCACGAUGUUUGAGGCCACAAGCAAGGAGCAUGAGUGCUCGAAAACCCUGUACCACAGGGAGGAGGCAGUCGAGUCCUGCUGCCAGGUACUGGCAGAGUACUACGGCCCUAACUCCACCCUGCCCUCCCGCAACUGCUUCUGCGUCGAGAGCUACUGGACUCCCUUCAUUGCGCUGGCAGAUAAAAGCUACAUCGGCUGGACGUCAUACUUUGACACGUGCACGGAGAUGGGCUACACCAUCCACUACUGGCAUUACGGCGAGGGCCCCUGUGUGCCGCCACCCGCCUCCGACGACCUGCUGGCGCCGGCGCCCGCCCCUGUGGCCGCCCUGGCUGAGGCCCCCUCGCCUGCUGCGGAGCUGGGGGCCGCUGUGGAGGAGGUGGUGUCUGAGUCCCUGGAGGACCCACUCCUGCCCAUGCCCAUGCGCCCCUUCAAUGCCUGGGCCUCCGACCUCGACUCAGACGGCUGGGGCAUGGCUUCCUUUGUCAUGGCAUGGGUGGCAGUGCUUGGGAGCAGCGCAAUGGCCUGGACGUUCCUGUUUGACGCCUUCGUGGACUUCCGUCGCUGCUGUGGCAGCCGGCGGGCAGCUGGCUGA